GGGGGUGGGGACGAGGAGGAGGAGGAGGAACGGAGGCUCCAGCCUUCCUCUUUGGAGGGACUUUGGCUGGUUUUUUUUUGAAUGGCUGCAAGAGAGGCCAGGGAGAAAUUCUCCUUGCAAAUCAGGAACUACAGAACAGGCUGGUGGCCUCUGACAGUUGAAAAUCGUUUGUCAUCUUCUUGCAGAGAUAAAAGCCAGGAAAUAAGGCGGAAGUUCAUCCGUUUCCUGAAUUGCGUUUCUAGUAAGAUCCAAAACAAAACCGGUUUUCUGCCUGUAAUCAGCCUGCUAAGCAGGAUUCUUAGUAACUCUUUGGAUUUGCAGUGGUAAAGCCUCAAGUCAAAGUAAUGAAGAAGCAAAACUCUGCAGGCCUAGAACGAGAAGAGGGACCCAGAGGAGCUGGAGAAGCAAUCCAGAUAAUUCAGGAGCCCAGCCCCUGGGAGGAUGCCAAGGCCUUCCUGGCCUCCUUUGAGCAAGUGGCAAAAGCUUGCCAGUGGCCCAGGGAAGAAUGGGCAGCCCGACUUCUGCCAGCGCUGAGUGGAGAUGCCCAACAGUCCUUGGGCAACAUGGAGGCCAGAGACCGAGAAGAUUAUAGGAAAGUGAAGGCGGCCAUCUUGCACUGGGAAGCCAACCGGACAGAAACCCUGCGCCAGCACUUCCGGCAGUUCCGCUCCCGGGAGGUGGAAGAUCCGCGCCAGAUCUACAGCCAGCUGCAGGAGCUUUGCUGUCAGUGGCUGAGGCCGGAGAGGCACUCGAAGGAGCAGAUCCUGGAACUGCUGAUCCUGGAGCAGUUCCUGGCCAUCUUGCCGCCGGAGCUGCGGAGCUGGAUCAAAGCCAGCAGCCCCGAGAAUGGCACCCAAGCUGCGGCCCUGGUGGAUGUUUUCGUCAUGAACCAUCAAAGUGGUGCUAAGAACUGGAAAUGGCAGGAUUCUCUGAGUGCAGAUGAGGAAUCCCUGGAUUCUGUGCAGAGGAAGGUCUACAAAGAAGACACGCAGAACAGCAAAGGAGAGAUCCAUUUGUUAUGCAGAGAAACCAAACACUCAGGUCACUUCUCACUACCACUUUCUCCUGAAGGACAGGGAAAAGGUGAAGCUGGGCCAGAAAAGAAGCAGAUGACCUUUGGGGACACAGGUGUAGUCAAGCCAAGUCAGACGGAGCCAGGCCCAAAGACCAUGUUUUGGCAAGUGUUGCAGGAGGACAGUGAGAAUCUAAAUACUUUGGAGGGGUUUUUAGUUCCUAAAUCUGGCCUUGCCUCCCACAUGGAAAAAGAGGAAGAAAUGUUGGUCCAAUUCCUGGAGGACAAAGAGAGACUCCCUGGCCAAGAUCCAGGUGAUGUGAAGAGGAUCAAGGAGGAGUACUCAGAGGAGGAUGAACCUGGUCCAAAUGAGACAUGGGAGUCAUCGACAGAGGCAACCCAAGUGGACAUUCCUGGGACAUCUGAAGUCCACAAGCAGAGAUGUGGAAGGAAGGGAAUUAAGCUUCAGGUGCAGAAGGCCCACUAUGGAAGAAGAGAAGCUGAGGAAACACACAGAACUGUGCUACAUUUAACUCAACAGAAUGUGCUGGAGACUGUUGAGAUUCACGAGCAGACAUCCAAACCUCAAAGGCGUUAUGCAGGGGCCAGGGUUGAAACUGCAGUGUCUGUAAGUCCCAAAGGAUCUCCAAGUAUGAGAGAAAAUCUUGUUGCAGAUCAUCAUGAUUCAAUGCCUACUGGAGAGAACUUCCAAGAAUGUCCUAUGCCUGGGGGAGACCUCCAUAAACAUCAGAGGAUCCUUAUAGGAGAGAAGCACUAUGAAUUCCCCCAUGGGAGAAGAAGCUUCUUGCAGAGAGAACAUUUGAUGAAAACCAGCGCCUAAACACCGAAGAAGAGGUAUGAAUGUUCUGACUGCGCGGGAAAGCCAUGUCUGAAUGAUCGUUCAAGUCCCAUCAGAGAAUUCAUACCGGAGAGAGGCCUUACGGAUGUUCCUACUGUGCGAAAUCCUUCAACCAGAGCAUUCAUCUAGAGCGACAUCAGAAAGUUCAUACGGGCGAGAAACCCUUCGAGUGUCCAGCGUGUGGAAGGAGCUUUAGUCGCAAAGAUACACUGGUAAAACAUCAGAGAACCCACACAGGACACCAGCAGAGCUUCGACUGCGGGAGUUAAGGGUUCUGCGGGGGUGGAAAUAAGCCAGCUGUUUUCAUCUUUGUUACUCAUCAGAGAAUGCAAGGCGUGGUGGAAGCAGUGUAAUUUUCACACUGGCAAGCAUUUAUUUAUUUGUUUUAGUCAAAGAAAGCUGUCUG